AAAGAUGGAAUUCCACACUUGUCGCCAACGUUUGGCUCCACUGCUGCUACUUUGCUUUUGGAUGCUGAUCAUCAGAGCGCACGGCUCGCGCAAGCUCUACAUAACGUAUCUAGGUGACAGAAAGCAUGCACACCCAGACGAUGUUGUUGCAUCCCACCAUGAUACGCUCUCGAGCAUUCUUGGAAGCAAAGAGGAAUCCUUAUCUUCCAUCAUCUAUAACUACAAGCAUGGUUUCUCAGGCUUUGCUGCAAUGCUAACGGAAGAGCAGGCAGAGCAACUCGCAGAAUUACCGGAAGUCGUCAGCGUGCAGCGAAGUAGGAGGUACAAGACGACGACCACACGGAGCUGGGACUUCCUUGGGCUGAACUACCAGAAGCCCAGUGAACUACUCCGAAGUAGCAACUACGGAGAAGACAUAAUCAUCGGGAUUAUUGACACCGGGAUAUGGCCGGAGUCAAGAAGCUUCAGCGACGAAGGGUACGGCCCGGUGCCGGCACGGUGGAAGGGCGUGUGCCAGGUCGGGGAAGGAUGGGGCAGCAGCAACUGCAGCCGCAAGGUCAUCGGCGCGCGGUUCUACCACGCCGGGGUGGACGAGAAAGAGCUCGGGAUGGACUACCUCUCGCCGCGCGACGCGAACGGCCACGGCACGCACACGGCGUCCACCGCGGCGGGCUCCGCGGUGGAGGCCGUCAGCUUCCACGGCCUGGCCGCGGGCACCGCCCGCGGCGGCGCGCCCAGGGCGCGCCUCGCGGUGUACAAGUCCGUCUGGGGCAGCGGCCGGGGCGCAGGGUCCGGGAACACCGCCACCGUGCUCGCCGCCAUCGACGACGCGAUCCACGACGGCGUGGACGUGCUGUCGCUGUCCCUGGUGGUGCUUGACGAGAACUCCUUCGGCGCGCUGCACGCCGUCCAGAAGGGGAUCACCGUCGUGUACGGCGCAGGUAACAAUGGCCCUGCGCCGCAGGUGGUGAGGAACACUGCUCCCUGGGUCAUCACCGUCGGAGCAAGCAAGCUCGAUCGCUCGUUCCCGACCGUGAUCACGCUGGGGGACAAGCGUCAGAUAGUGGGACAGUCCAUGUACUACGAAGGGAAAAACUCAUCAGAAAGCAGCUUCGCACUUCUGGAAUAUGGAGGCCUAUGCGCCAAGGAUGAUCUGAACGGCACGGACUUGACGGGGAGAAUUGUGCUGUGCAUCUCCCUCGAGACACCGGUUACCCUUUUUCAACUAGCACUGGAAAACGUCCUGGAUGCCGGGGCAUCUGGUCUAAUCUUUGCUCAGUACACGACUGAUAUCCUGGGCAUCACGACAGCCUGCAACGGCACAGCCUGUGUUCUUGUGGACCUUGACGCUGCAAAUCGGAUCGGCUCAUAUAUCAGAGAUGCAAGCUCACCAGUGGCAAAGAUCGAGCCAGCACGCACUGUCACAGGUGGAGUAUUAGCGCCAAAAGUGGCAGCAUUCUCCUCGAGAGGUCCAUCGAUUGAUUAUCCUGUAAUUAUCAAGCCUGACAUAGCUGCACCAGGAUCCAACAUCUUAGCAGCCAUCAAAGACCAUUACCAACUUGGCACAGGAACAUCGAUGGCAACGCCACAUGUAGCAGGGGUUGUCGCCCUGCUGAAAGCCAUCCAUCCAGAUUGGUCUCCAGCUGCAAUAAAAUCUGCCAUUGUCACCACUGCGUCUGUAACUGAUGAACGAGGCAUGCCAAUACUGGCAGAAGGAGUGCCUCGGAAGAUCGCUGAUCCAUUUGACUAUGGAGGUGGAAACAUUAACCCAAACAGGGCAGCUGAUCCUGGCCUUAUUUAUGACAUUGAUCCAAGCGAUUAUAACAAGUUCUUUGGGUGCACCAUCAAGACAUCCGUCAGCUGCAAUGCAACAACUCUACCUGGGUAUCACCUGAACCUACCAUCAAUCGCAGUUCCUGAUCUCAGGGACCAAACCACUGUAUCUAGAACAGUUACAAAUGUAGGCGAGGUAAAUGCAGCUUACUAUGCCGAAAUCCAGAGCCCGCCUGGAGUUAAAAUGGUUGUUGAGCCAUCUGUCCUUGUCUUUGAUGCUGCAAACAAAGUUCAUACCUUCAAGGUUAGUUUUUCACCUCUGUGGAAAUUGCAAGGGGACUAUACAUUUGGCAGCCUUACUUGGCACAACGACAAGAAGUCAGUGAGAAUCCAAAUAGCAGUCCGGAUUACCAUUCAAGAUUUCUAUGCAGAUGUUGCAUAACCUGGGAAACAUGCAAGCAAUAACUCAGUGCUCUAAGAAACAAUAAAAGAAAACUACAAGAUCUAUCAAUUUCACAGAAAUACGGUUUUAUGUAAAUCGUUAUCACCAGAAUACUGGCUGGCCAAUGUAUUUUGUUUCUGUCACAGAUAUGACUUUAAUUUGUAUGGAUGGCCAAUUUCAUACCAUGUUCUGUUGGUUACAAGAAACAUAAAAAAGUCCAGGUCUACACCAUACCAUGUGUUGAAAUAUCAUGCAGUUUUUCUUCCCA